CCUGGCUUUACAUUGUUUCUCAGAUUCGUUCACCUUUUCACAUGCAUUAUCACAAGGCACAACCUCAGCAUAUCCCUGUGGUGGUUACCCAACGCUGCCUCUAGUCUCAAUCCGGCCCGGGUAGAUGCACGACUGUGAGCAGAAUGACCGCUGUUAGCGUAGUAGUCUCUCCAACUUCCCGCUUGGCUCGUUCGAGAAACCACCUUUUCUCGCCUGUCUGGGUCUUAAAUGGGCCGAUGUUUAGACCGCUCUGGCGACAACAAGAGAUAGGCGGAAAACUUCGUCCUCGAUAUAUCCCGCUGCAGUCCCAUGAGGCUUGCCAAGUGCCCCUUCCAAACAGACUUGGAUGGCAUCAAGUACAUGUGUUCGUUAAUCAAGCUAUAGGAAUGAAUUGUGGAUGUCUACACGGUUUGUCUUACUUAGGGGAAAAUCGUCCAAGGUUAAGAUCAGAUAGGAGGGAAUAAUAGCAGAAGGACACUUAAAAGAUAGAACUGAAAAUUAGGAAAUCAGAGAUCUGUAACUGUUG